UUGAACUGCUCUCCAAAUGACUGGGCGCGGGAAACAGGGCGGGAAGGCGCGUGCUAAGGCCAAGUCGCGCUCGUCGCGAGCUGGACUGCAGUUCCCCGUUGGUCGCGUCCAUCGCCUGCUGCGCAAGGGCAACUAUGCGGAGCGGGUGGGCGCCGGCGCCCCGGUGUACCUGGCAGCCGUGCUGGAGUAUCUGGCGGCCGAGAUCCUGGAGCUGGCGGGCAACGCGGCCCGCGACAACAAGAAGACUCGCAUCAUCCCGCGGCACUUGCAGCUCGCCAUCCGCAACGACGAGGAGCUCAACAAACUGCUGGGCAAGGUGACGAUUGCACAGGGUGGUGUGUUGCCCAAUAUCCAGGCUGUGCUGCUGCCCAAGAAGACCGACACCCACAAAGCCAAAACUAAAUGAGCCUAAUUAAGAAACAAAAUGGACAAAAAGGCUCUUUUUAGAGCCACCCACAAUGGUCAUGAAAGGUUGAA